AUGGCAAGAGGCCCAAAGAAACAUUUGAAAAGAUUAGCAGCUCCAUCCCACUGGAUGUUGGACAAAUUGUCCGGAACCUAUGCACCAAAAUCAUCACCAGGACCACACAAAUUGAGAGAAUCAUUACCAUUGAUUGUUUUUUUGAGAAACAGAUUGAAGUAUGCUUUGAAUGGUAGAGAAGUCAAAGCAAUUUUGAUGCAGCAACACGUUCAAGUUGAUGGUAAAGUG